AUGAUGUCUUUAUCUAUAUCAUUGAAAGCACCUUGUACUGCAUGUGGUAAUAAAAGUGUAGGUAUAUUUCGAUGUGAAGGAUGUUUACAAGUAUUUUGUCGAAAACAUCUUAAUGAACAUCGAGAUUUUCUUAAUCAUCAAUUAGAUGAAAUUGCUCAAGAACAUGAUAUUUUACAACAAAUUAUUCUUGAAAAUCAAGAUAAACAAACAAAUGACCUUCCUAUUUUCAAACAAAUUGAUCAAUGGGAAAAACUUUCCAUUGAGAAAAUUCAACAAAUAGCAGAAGAAGCUAGAAUACAAGCUAAAGAGUUAACUAGUUUACAAACAGUAUCAAAAGAAUUACAUGAACUUGCUGAACGAUUAGAAAAAGCUCGUACAGAUGACGAUUAUGUUGAAACAGAUCUUCAAACAUGGACAAAUAUGUUACAACAACUGAAAGAUGAUGUUAAUACAUUUUCAUCUUCGAUUUAUAUGCAAGAAAAUCCAAAAGAAAUACUUAUUGCUAAAAUGUAUGUUUGUAAAACAUUACAACAAUCAACACAACAGGAAAAGUUUGGUGAAUCGUUUGGACCAAUUCGUAUUGAAAAUAAUAGUUUUCUGGCGACACAUGUGGGUUUAAAGAAUAGUACAGCUUUUGUGCGUGGAAUCGGUGAAUAUUCAUCAGGUACACAUAAAAUUCGAUUUCUAUUCCAAAAGAAUAGUCUCAAAUAUAUCUCCUCGUUUGAUGUUGUCUCAGCAUUAAUGUCGAUCAAUGGAACAUCUACAUUACCUUAUGAAGGCUUUGGAUGGUCAAGCGAUGAUGAUAUUUAUUGUCCUGGUGGUGAAAUAACAGUAGAUGAAAAUUUUCGAGAUAUGAAAGGUGAAACUUCAUUUGAAAUCGAACUUCAACUUGAUUGUGACAAUCAAAAGAUUAGUUAUAUCAACCAACGAACAAAGAAUCAAAGAGAGUUAAAUGUUGAUAUAACAAAAUGUCCAUUACCAUGGCAAGUCCGGUUUUAUCUGUUUGAGACUGGAGAUUGGAUUAGAUUGUUGCAUUGA